AUGGCACAGGUGCCGCAGUCUACCCUAAGGUACCUCUACUAUGAUGUGCUAAAAGUGCAGCCAUACCGCGACCCCAACCGCACCUAUUCCGAUCUGGUGUCCACCCUGCAGAAAUAUCCGGCCAUCGCAGUCAAGGGUACAAAAGAAUAUGUGUACGACAAUGGUCGUCCAGAACUUCUCCUCCACCUCGGCGGAGUAUUGCCGGUCUCAUUUCGAGGCACCCUUUACCACUUUCCCAUCUUGAUAUGGAUCCCCUACGCCUACCCUUACGAUGCGCCGAUGAUAUAUGUGGAUCCUAAAGACGACAUUGUGGUCAACCCCGGCCAGCAUGUAGCACCGGACGGGAGGGUGUAUCACUCGUACCUGGCACAUUGGAGGGAUACGUGGGAGAGGUCGAAUGUAGUGGACUUCCUGUCAAUACUGUCAGAUGUAUUUGCCAAAGAGCCACCAGUCAGAGCGAGGUCCGGACGACCACCAGCACGGCAACAGCAACAGCAACAGCAGCAUCAACCACCGCCACCACCGCGACCACCUUUGCCCCAUGAAGCUCAAUCGCCAGCGCCUGCCUCCCCUCGGCCACAGGAUGCCCCCCCACCGCCCCCACCGAAAGAGCCUGCUGGCGCAUAUGGAAGCGCGUCGAGUCCGGCGCAACCGAAGCCAAGUCGUUAUGACGCCCCUCUACCUCUUCCUAGUCAGACAAGAUCGCCUAGGCCAACGUCCAUGUAUCAGCAGUCGCCACAAGCGAUGCCGCAAUCGAGGCCGCAGUCACAGUACAUGCCACAGCGAGCUAGCAGUCUGAGACAGUCACAUCCUCCGCAGAAUUGGCAGCAACAGUCACAGCCACAGCAACAGCCCCCAUACCCGCCAAACCAGCAAACACAGCCGAACAACUACCAAACAUCAUCACCGCCUCAUCAACAACCACCGCUGGGGCCAUACCCGCCUCAACACCAGAUCACCCCUCAGCAGCCACUGCCACAACCCAAACAGCCACCGCCGGAUUUAUUGGACUCGCCCUUUGACCUCGCCCUUCCCAGCUCCACGCCAGCAAAUCUCCCCGCGCCACCCAUCCCCCGUAACCCCGAGAAAGACGCCCUCCUCUCCCACCUCUCCGCCAGCAUCACCACCAACCUGCACAACCUCAUCUCCCAGAACCAAUCCCAAAUCGCACCCCUACAGUCCCAACACUCCGCCAUCCAACAAUCCCAGCACCAGCUCCAGUCCGAGCUCUCCCAACUGCAGACCCUCCACGCCGCCCUAACCUCCAACAUCACCGACCUCCAGUCCUCACUCGCGAAAGCCGACCACACCAUCUCCGACGCCCAAUCCCGCAGCGGCAAAGGCGACAUCCCUCCGGUCGACGGCAUGCUCAUCACGCCGCACGUCGUGAGCACCCAGCUGUACAACGUCGUGGCGGAGGAGCGGGGCAUCGAGGCGGCCAUCCUGGCGCUGCAGGACGCCUUUACGCGCGGGAGGGUCGGGAGCGAGGUGUGGGGGAGGAAGACGAGGGAGUUGGCGAGGGACGGGUUUCGGAGGAGGUGGGUCGCGAGGAAGGUGGGGAGGGGGAUGGGCUUGGAUGGUGCGUGA